GCAUUCAUUGCAAUUGCCUGUCCAUUUUAUCACAAACGCGAAGCAGGUGUUGUUUAAUUUUCUUUGUGUAUUCAUUCUAGCUUCAAUUUCUUUGUAAUUGAUAUACCAAGUGACUAUAAAUCCUCAGCAAAUAAAAAGUUAGAAAAGAACCACAGUGAAAAAAUUGUAAAUAUUCAAAGGAAAAAAGAAAAAUUAACUGGUGAAAAUGUCUGCUGUCAGAAAAGCAACUCAUUCCGGAAGUUGGUACACCAACUUAGGUCCAGAGUUGUCACGCCAAUUGGAUAGAUGGCUGGGCGCUGCGGAGCUUUCGCAUGGACCUGCACGUGCAAUUAUUGCGCCACAUGCCGGCUAUACCUACAGUGGAGCUUGUGGUGCUUUCGCCUAUCGACAAGUUAGUCCCGCCGUUGUCAAACGAAUUUUCAUAUUGGGCCCAUCACAUCAUGUACGGCUGCGUGGCUGUGCUUUGUCCACUGCGAAGAAAUACAAAACCCCUCUAUAUGAUCUCAAGAUUGAUACUCAAAUCAACACUGAAUUACAAAAUACCGGAAACUUCUCUUGGAUGGAUAUGAAAAUAGACGAAGAUGAGCAUAGUAUCGAAAUGCAUUUGCCAUAUAUAGCAAAAGUAAUGGAAGAUUUCAAAGAUCAGUUCACGAUCGUGCCAAUUUUAGUCGGUUCUCUAAAUCCCGAACAGGAAGCCUUGUAUGGCGACCUUUUAGCGAACUAUUUUACGGACCCGCAAAACCUAUUUGUGAUAUCAUCGGACUUUUGCCAUUGGGGACAUCGUUUCAAUUAUACGUAUUACGAUCGUUCUUGCGGUCAAAUUCACUCUUCUAUUGAAAAGCUUGACAAGGAUGCCAUGGCGAUCAUUGAGACACUAAAUCCCAAUGAUUUUACAGAAUAUCUACGAAAGUACAAUAAUACCAUUUGUGGGCGUCAUCCGAUCGGUGUGAUGCUCAAUGCUGUAAAGGUGUUGCAAAAUCAAGGUUAUAGUAAUAUGAGCUUUAAAUUUCUCAAGUACGCGCAAAGCAGCCAGUGCAAGGACAUGGAUGAUUCGAGUGUUAGCUAUGCAUCCGGUUCACUGGUGUUUGAAUCUUAGGUUGUUUGCGAAGGAAAUCAAAAUCAUAAAUCAAAUUGUGCAAAUACGUACCCAAGACUAUUUCUGCUUGGAAUAAUUUCAUUUAGUUAUUUUUAUUUUAAUAAAG